GUUUCAUUUUUCAGAAAUAUUAAUUAAAUUGUGUAAACUGAAAAACUGAUCAUUUACAAUUUAAGUUUAAUUUUAAUUCUUUUCAAUAUCACAACGAAACUUAUUUACCGUACAUUAUUCAAGAAAAUAAUUUCAAACCCCAACUUCGGAUUUCUAUUCCAACUGAAAAAGCAUAAAAUUGUUGGAACCAGAGAAAAAACAAGUGGCGGAAGCUAUUGGAAGUUAGUAACUGAGAGGUUUCUCGGAAUGGCACUGCUCGAACAAUGUAUUGUGAUUGUAUUGAGUCUCAUUAUUUCAUUAAACUAUGUCAACUCACAAAAUUGUAUUCCACCUCCGAAAGGAAUGAACAUUGAAGAACAAGCAUAUCGGUCAUCAGUUGUUGUCAAAGUUAAAGUCACAGCCCCUGGUAAAGUGAAUCAUACAGCGGUCAUAACUGAAGUAUAUGCAACCAAAAAUGGUGGACUGAAGAAGACUGAUGUAAUAACAUUUGGUCCAGUAAAGAAAGGGAAAGAAUGCCCACGUAUCAAGAAAAACUCCAAUCUUAUUUUAUUUUUGGAAGAACCAAGUACAGCCGACCCAAAAUUUUACAGAAUCAAGUAUAAUCCUCAUACAAAAAUGAACGUAGCCAAGAAAUUGAAGAAAAAAAUAUUGUGCAAAGGAUGCUUUAAAGCUCCACAAAUAAAAGAGAAAAACAAAGAAAAAAGUUUGAAGGAGAAUACAAAAUUCACUUUCAAGUGUAAGAUCAAAGGCAACCCGAAGCCAAUGGCAGAAAUCCUUAAAGAUGGAAAAGCUAUAAAAAAAGAAAAAGGAGUGAAGAUAAAAAUUAGUAAAAAGGGCGGUGGUGGCAGAUUAAUAAUUAGUAAGUUGAAAAUGCAUCAUUCCGGAACAUAUACAUGCGGGACGGAAAAUUUUUUAGGAAGUGCGGAAGUCUCUUACAAGCUUACUGUACUGAAAGGUGAUGCAGCCCCUGAUGAGGAUGAUUGUGAGGAGUGUGGUCCGAGAGGGGAUGGGUUUUGUGUUAAUGGACGUUGUUGUAUUGUUCCAGUUGUAAAUGAAACCGCUUGCAGGUGCAAGAAAGGCUUUACUGGAAAGAGAUGUGAAGAACCUUAUAUUAAUGUGUUGAAAACCGAAGAUACCGACAAUAAUCCUUAUAUCAUUGAAGCACGAUAUCAUCAACAAACUAUAGCAAUAAUGGGAGUUUGUAUUGCAUUACUCCUUGUUAUCUUCAUUUGCUAUGUCGUGUACUGCAAGUUCAAAAAAAGCCGUAGCCACUUGAGAAAGGAGCUAAUUGAAAGGAAUGGCCAUGCAGGCGGAAGACCUGCCGAUAGUAUUCCAGAGAGGCAGAUUUCUAAUUCUAACACAGCAGGGAUACUGGGAGAUGAAGCAACCAGCAGGGAUAUUCAACUAACCAAUUAUCGCUCAACUAAUCUGUCUGAACCUCGAGGAGCACUUUCCUUUGCUCAGAGACCACAAACAUAUGAUGAUGUCAUAUUGCCAGGACAAGAAUCGCAGCCUCUUGUUCAAGAGCCACCUGCCCAUACUGGAUAUCACCUGAGACAUGAAGAAGCUCUUGCGGCAUCCAGUCGGCAGCAAGCAGAUGCAAGACCCAAUGGCAGACGACGCAGAAGAAAAGGAGUUGCUAUUGGUCACUCUGACGAUCCGCAACAUUCCGGAAGUGACUUGGAAAAUAUUAAAGGUUCAAGGAGAAUAAAUGAGUUGAAGUCAUCAGGCCAAAACUCUAUGUCAUCAAGUGCAUCAUCACUUGCUUCACGGGAUUUGAAAAGACCAGCCAUUCCACUUGAUGAAAGACUAUCAAACUUGGCAAUGAAAGGAGUACACAUGCCUCCAGCCUACAAUAGUAGCAACAACAGAGAUGAAGUUGACUCUCCAGACGCAAGACGUCAAAGCCUUGAUAAUACUCAGAUGUCGCAUGAAUCACCACUCCAGGCAAGUGCCCCAGCGUCUAGCACGACAUCAAGUAGUUUACCCACAAGUCCAACUAGCAGAGAACGAGUCCCUUCUUCUGUCAGUAGCAGUAGUGCACAUCGUGUCACAACUUUUGACAAUGAGGGUAGGAUUGAAGAAGAAAUGCUGGAGAGACAGGACAGUGCUCUGCAAAAUGUAAUGCCACAUUCUCCAAACCUAUCCCCUCAAAGUACAAAUCAGCGCUUGCCACCACAUGACAUUUUUUCAGAUCAAAAUCUCAGAACGCCACCUUUUGCCUCACCUGGUUCAGAUAUCAGUACAGGUAGUCACAAAAUGAGCCCUCAUAUGAAAUCCCCAUAUCAAAAUAAAAAUAUGCAUGGGAAUGUAUAUCCCUAUUAUGAACAUAGUCCACACUAUCCACACAGUCCAUCUGCUUCUCGCCAUGACAAUAGGGAUGAAAAUUCUGGUCAGUUUUUUGGUCACGACGAGCAAAGACUAAAUCCACCUUCUAGUCCCAGGCAAUACCAAGCCAACCCUGAAAUGGGAAUGGGCGUUCCUUAUCGUCCAGUAACUGUAGCGUCUGCACGUCAUCAUCACUUGCCGCUACUAACAAAGGAAAAGCCUGAAUUACAACAGAUGCACAGUGAGAUGAUACCAAUGGUUGGGUCAACAGUAUCUCUUUCAUCAUCUAACAGUUCAAACACAACGGAAAGAAAUCGAAAUUCUCACAAAAUAGAAGUUUGAAUGUAACUACAUGAAUUUUCCAAAACAGUAAAAUUCAAAUGCUACAACCUAGUUUGAAUAAGUGGUAUUUGAGCUAAAGCACCAAGAUGGUAUGCUCAUGAAUUACUGAAUUGUGGAAAAACUUAUUUUAUUUUUACUCAUCAGUUAUUUAAGUAACUUUUAUUAGCAUUUGUGAAUUAUUUUUUCACUCUUUAUGCCUUAUAUUUAUUAUUUUUAUAAAAUCGCUGCCUCGGAUCAGCGUGAUUUUUAGAUAUCUUCAAUCUUGUAGUCUGCUAUUUGUGUAAGUUUUUAUAAACAAAAAGAUUUGAAAUGAUCGUUAACAAUUUGACUUGUGCCUUCCAUCCCUAUUAUAAAUUACCUAUCCUAUGUAUGUAAUGCUUGUUUUCUUCCUGAAGUUUACUGCAAGAUCACCAAUAUUCUCUGUGUUUAUAUAUACACCAUCAUUACAAAAUUUUGCCAAUGAUACAUAUGGAAAUCUGUUUCGUUUUCUUUUAUACUGUACUGUACAUACUCUGUCAGUUUUAAUGUAAUGCCAUUUUCAUCAAGUUUCCUUCAUAAUAUCAUGAAAUUGUAAAAGAUUAUAUUAAUAUUAAUUUUUUUCAGAUAUUUUCACUUUUUUCAUAAACAUUAAAACAACAUGUGAAAUAAUCAUCAAAAGAUGUUUUAA